UCAGAAAAAGAAUGGAAUCGAACUACGUAUGGAAAAUUGCUGGAAUUGAUGACCCAGCAUGGAUAAAUGUGACUGAGUACGACAAACAACUAAUUAGUUCAUAUUGUUUUUAUGUAUUUAAAUUGCUUCAAGAAAAAUUAAAAUUUAGAUACGAAGUCCUUCAACCCAUGCCAAAAAUAAUUCUACAAGAGUAUUCAAAUGGAAGUUAUUCUGGAAUGAUAGGACAGAUAAUUAAUAAGGAAGCAGACAUGUCGGCUUUUCCUCAAUAUAUGAGUAGCGAUGUCUUUCACUUGGUCGAUUAUACCUCGAUUAUUCGUGUACUACCGAUAAAUUACAUAAUUAAACAACGCAAAUUAAAGCUAAAUUGGGAAACUAUUUUUAAACCAUUUGCCUUCGAGGUGUGGUUAACACUCUUAAUGUCCAUUGUGUUCACUGGGAGUAUAUUGUCUCAAAUUAUGAAGAAGGCUAAUAGUUUGCAUGGCUCAAAAAAAUUUUGGUCAGUGAAAACAAGCGUUUGGCUUUUGUUUUCAAAUAUUAUACAACAAGGAAUCAAUUUAGAUCACGUUUUUCGAGAUUCAUCAAGGAUUAUAAUCGGAGUUUGGCUAAUUAUAGCAGUGGUCCUGGGAUACGGCUACAGUGGGGUCUUGAUAUCUUUCCUUACAGCUACAAAUUACGAAUGGAUACCGAGAAAUUAUUAUGAAUUAGCAUCUGCAGUAGAAAAGGGUGACUUCUCGUGCGGGAUAUCUGUUUUUUCUCAAAACACACAUUUUAAGGGAAAUCAGUCUGAAAUGGCGAAAACAUUGGGCGAUCACAUCAAUCAAAAACGCAAUUAUCUGAAUGUAGAGGAUACUGUCGAAAAAAUAAAUAACGGUCGGUUUGCAUAUAUAGAAAAUAUUGAAUACGUAAACAGAGUCGUCAGGAUGGAACUGACUGGCAAAAUAAUAACGAGUGAAGAUCAACUUAUAUCGUAUCCCGUAGCAUAUCUCCUAAGAAAAGAUUUCCCGUAUAAGAAACACGUUAAUAAAAUCUUACGUCGUUUGUUUGAAAGUGGAAUAACGGAAUUCCUCAGAAGCAAAGAGGAAGUAAUUCCCAUAUACGAAAGCGAAGACGAUGAUGUCGAACCACUAAACUUGAACCAACUUUUAGGAAACUUCAUUAUUCUCAUUACAGGCCGGAAUUCUCCUUAAGCUUACUAGUACGUAUGUUAAACCUAUGUUUUGUUCUAUGAUGUUUCGGGUUGUAUAGGACAACAACGCUGAGGUUUGUAUGAAACAGAGGUGUUACGGUUGUAUCGGAAACAGUUUAAAAUUGAUAAGAAUUAUAUUCUCGCAGAAUAUUUUUGUUUUAAGAGACAAUAUGAGUAAACUACUGCAGAAUAAAGGAAAGAAAAAAGAAAAAGAAAUAAUUUAUGCAGUUAAAAGAAAACUGCUGAGGGAAAAUCGUCUACAUAAAGAGAAACAAAGAAAGAAAACAGUAAAUAGGCCUAAAUCACUUCAAGAAAAGAGAGAAACUCACUGCAUCAUCUGUAAUGAAACCUUUGAAAAAAACUGGAUUUAUGUGUAGGAUUUCUGAAGGUUGGGCUCAUGAAAAUUGCGCCGAUCUUAAAGGAAACAAAUAUUUUUAUCAAUGUGAUGUUUGCAUUACCAAAAAAAUAAACACAAAAUGCAUUUGUCAUUAAAACGAAU